AUGGCGGCGUACCAGAAUCGCAACUCGCAGUAUGCGACGGCGAGCACCGAGAAGCGCGCCCAGCGCACCCGCUCCAGCGAGGGAACUGUCAGUACAACCAUGAGCUCAUCGUCAGGCCGCGAAUCAGCAGCGACUCACGUAACGGAGGCCCCGACAUAUUCGAAGAAAAUUGUCGUUGUAGGAGACGGAGGAUGCGGCAAGACAUGUCUGCUCAUCAGCUACAGCCAGGGCUAUUUUCCAGAGAAAUAUGUGCCCACCGUAUUCGAGAACUACAUCACCUACCCGACGCACCCGCCCACCGGCAAGACCGUAGAGCUCGCUCUGUGGGACACGGCCGGCCAAGAAGAGUACGACCGCCUCCGUCCGCUGUCGUACCCCGAAACCGAUCUCAUCUUUGUGUGCUUCGCCAUCGACUGCCCCAACUCGCUGGACAAUGUCAUGGAUAAGUGGUACCCCGAAGUUCUGCAUUUCUGCCCCUACACCCCCCUCAUCCUGGUCGGCCUCAAAUCAGAUCUCCGGCACAAAAAAUCUUGUAUCGACAUGCUGAAGACCCAGGGCCUCACGCCCGUCACCGCAGAGCAGGGAAUGGCCGUUGCCAAGAAGAUGGGAGCCGGGUAUAUGGAAUGCAGCAGUAAGGAAAUGCGGGGCGUCGACGAGAUCUUUGAACGGGCCAUUCUGACUGUCGUGGCCAACGACCGGAGGAACUUGGAGACACCCACUGCAAUGGCAGUGUCCGCUGGCGAUGGAAAGACACAAGCUCCGGUAGUAGGAGGCAUUAAGAGGAAGAAGAGAAAGUGCAAUUUCCUUUAAAGCGGUCAUGCGAGAGCCUAUACGCUCGUCCUUUCUGCACUGGCGGCAGAAGGGCAGUCAGGGGUCGUCGAGGUGGACUUGUGGGCACGGAGCGGAUGCGGACGCAGAUACGGCAAUUCUAAUGACCAUUAGACGAUCUUUUUACGACGAUUUGCGCCUAUAACGAACGACGUCCAACGGCUAAUGGUCCCACGAUUUCAGACGACAACGCUUGGAGAUGGGAGACGAGCUGCUGGUGCACCUCGCCCUUUCGAAGGAGAGGUAGUAGAGCCGGGUAUAUAUAAGCGGAAAUCCGCGUGGUUGUUUUUAAACAUAUUCGAGCCGGCCUCUUUUUUUGGAUUUGCGCUUUAGGUCCUGCUAGCCUUGACGCAUGGAAGGGGAAGGGUGGAUAUGGAAACCACAAACUUUUCAACGCAACUAGGAAACGGGUGGUGACUUUUUUGCGGACUUGUGUGGUCUUUUAGUGCUUUAUUAUUAUUAUUUUUUUCUUUUUCUUUUGUCUCGCUUUUUCUAUCCACUUUGCGUUUUUUUUUUCUCUUAUGUAGCAUGAUACUGUUGAGUUCAAUCAGGCUUGGGAUUGGGGACAUAAAAAAUCAUCAUAUUCGCCCUA